AUGGCCAAUCAAUUGACUGUCAACCUUUUCGAAGAGCCUAUCGAGGAGGGAGAGUUCCGCACAAAGAACAAGCCCAAUGAGAGAUUCCGGCCCGUUCUCGUCGAUCGGGGAGAUCAACUUUGUACAAAGAUCAACAUUGUCGGCAUCACCCAUGGAGAGAUGACCGGGGGCGAGGACCUAGCCACUCUCCUCGUCUUCGAGAUGCGUCAUAUCGCUACAGGUGGGCGACGUUUCAAGAGCGCAUCAGUGAUGUUCAAAUUCGAGGACUCUGAGGGUAAGUCCGACUGGGACCCGGUUGUCCACGACAUCUCCCCCGAGGGCCAGUGGGCGCUCAGCAAGACGGAAAAGGUGCGAAAUAUCAAGUUAGGUGCCAAUGCAGGCCUCAGCGCGGGAAUCGAUCCGAUCAGUGCGGAAGCCGGACUGCUUUGGGAGAUGGAAGAGGUGAAGAGCCGAGAGUUCUACACCAAGUUGACCGGAGCGAAGAAGAUCAUCAGAAAAGGGUUCGAUGGACAAGAGAAUGUUGUUAUUUGGAAGCUGGAGGAAAACGGGGACAAGCAAGAUGGAAUCCCAAUUUUCGUCCGAGCGGCAGUUCUCCUGAGACGCCCCUACGAUGUGCCCUUCACCUUCACCGUCAAGGUCAAGGCCGACGUGGACUUCAUCGGAAAAGUCAAGACACUGUUUGGCCUGGAGAAGAAUGACCCCAUUGAUCCAGUGGAAAUUGGCCUCGCAGAGAUGCCGAAGACUGGACGCGCGUCGAUGGUGAGCCUAGACCCCCAGAUUCAUAACCUGAAGGAAAUGGAUAGCCUGGGUUUGAAGGAUGUGGCCGAUGUGACGGUCACUACCGUGUUGGAUGGAACAGAGCUGCGAGGGAGGGGGGCUGCCAAGUGA